AUGGGCAUGGAAGAGCUACCCUCAGUUUGUGUUCUUGAUGCCUCAACCUAUGUGGGGUUUUGGAUUCUGAAAGGACUAUUGAGCAGAGGAUACACAGUUCAUGCAGCCAUACAGAAGAACAAUGUUGGCAAGUGCUUAUCUUCUUUAUCUUCUGGAGAGACUGAGAUAGAGAAGAAAAUAAGGGAGAUGGAGAGAGAGGAGGAAAGAUUGGUGGUAUUUGAAGUUGAUGUUUUGGAUUACCAUAGCAUUCUAAUUGCUUUGAAGGGUUGUUCUGCUACGUUCUGCUGCUUGGACUGUACAGAUGGUUAUGAUGACAAAAUGGUUGAUUUGGAAGUUAGAGGAGCAAUCAAUGUAGUAGAGGCAUGUGCACAGACUGAUACCAUUGAAAAGAUCAUAUUCAGCUCUUCACUAACUGCAGCUAUAUGGAGAGAGAACAUUUGUUCACAGAAGGAUGUAGAUGAGAGUUCUUGGAGCGAUCAAGAAUUUUGCAGGAAAUUGAAGUUGUGGUAUGCCCUGGCAAAGACGCUCUCCGAGCAGGCUGCUUGGGCUUUAGCCAUGGAUCGUAUGCUUGACAUGGUUUCCAUAAAUGCCGGCCUGGUUUUGGGUCCUGGUGUCUCUCAACAAAACCCUUUAUCAACUAUGUCUUACCUCAAAGGGGCAGCUCAAAUGUAUGAAAACGGAGUCCUAGCCUCUGUAGAUGCGACCUUCCUGGCUGAUGUCCAUAUUCGAGCAUUCCAAGAUCCCUCCACAUGUGGGCGAUACUUCUGCUUCAAUCAGACAGUGAAUACUGAGGAAGAAGCUGUCAGACUUGCUCAAAGCUUGAGCCCUUUGAUAUCGUUACCGCCAAGGUAUGAAUACCAAGGAAGUGAAGUGUACGCUGAGAGGUUGAGGGCAAAGAAGUUGAACAAGCUUGUUGAGGGUACGGCAUAG